GGGGCAGUGAGAGAGCAUGUGUAUCCUUCCCUGUGUCCCUGUAGCAGCAUUGAACAAGAGCCAGGAAAAGGGGAAGGGCCUCCUCCUCCUCCUCCUCCUCCUCCUCUUCUCCAGCUGACAAAAACAGCUGCCCAGGAGCCCCCGGCUGGAGCCUGUUCAGAGGACGAGGGGGGAGACGGACGGCGCGAGGGAGAGAGGAGGAGGACCGGAGGACCGGUGGAGAGAAAAGAAAAGAGAGGAGGAGGACCGCGUCCCCCCCAGAGUCACCGGACACCGUCCACCUACAUGGGUUGCGUCCUGAGCUCGGACGGGUGCGGGGAGGAAGAGGUGCAACCGCUGCCGGUGGCCCGAGACCCGUCUCUGAAGAGACGGAGCCUGGAGAGGAGUGAGAGUGGCAGGAUGAGGCUGACAAAGGCGGGCAAAGGAGAGCCCCACGUCUUCAAGGAGAAGACCUUCAAGAAGAAGCGCCAGUGCAGCGUGUGUCGUCAGAACGUGGACCACGUGGGCUCCUUCUGCAGAGUGUGCAAGACAGCCACCCACAGGAAGUGCGAGGUCAAGGUGACCUCUGCAUGCAUCCCAGUGCCUCCCAAUGAUCUGGUGAGUCCGCCUCCGUCAUCCGUUUCUUUCCCUCGAGAGCAGUCUGCGAACAAGACUCGUUUUCCCACUCAGCCUAUCCGUAGCCGCGAGCAGCGCAGAGGGACUGCGCCUUCGCGACACACCCAACACCUGGGGUCCACCAAGUCCCUGACCUACACCAAGCAGAGAAACACCCUGCCAAGGAGUUUCAGUGUGGACCGGGUGAUGGAGAGAGUGAUGGAGCGCCACUACGACUUUGACCUGACCUACAUCACGGAGAGGAUCAUCUCCGUCUUCUUCCCCCCGAAGCUGGAGGAGCAGAGGUACCGGCUCAAUCUGAAGGAGGUGGCGGCCAUGCUGAAGUCCAAGCAUCAAGACAAAUUCCUGCUCCUGAAUCUCUCCGAGAGGCGCCACGAUAUCUCCAGAAUAAAUCCGAAGGUUCAUGACUUUGGCUGGCCUGACCUCCACGCCCCACCGCUGGAUAAGAUCUGUGCCAUAUGCAAGGCCAUGGAGACGUGGCUGACCUCUGACCCCCAGCACGUGGUGGUCCUGCACUGCAAGGGCAACAAAGGGAAAACAGGUGUGAUUAUUGCGGCCUACAUGCACUACAGCAAGAUCUCCGCGGGGGCGGACCAGGCUCUCAGUACUCUCGCCAUGAGGAAGUUCUGUGAAGAUAAGGUGUCCUCUUCCCUCCAGCCAUCCCAAAACAGGUAUAUCUACUACUUUGGGGGCCUUCUGUCCGGGGCGAUCAAGAUGAACAGCAGCCCGCUCUUCCUCCACCAAGUUCUCAUCCCAUCGCUCCCUAACUUCCAGGGUGAAGGAGGUUACUACCCCUUCUUGAAGAUCUACCAGGCCAUGCAGUUGGUCUACACGUCAGGCAUAUAUGACCUUCAAGGCACUGGCGGCAGGCGGCUGUGUGUGACCAUCGAACCGGCACUUCUGCUCAAGGGUGACAUCAUGGUCAAAUGCUACCACAGGCGAGCCCAGAGCGCUGACAGAGACACGGUGUUCAGGCUGCAGUUCCACACGUGCACCGUUCACGGAUCCCAGCUCUGGUUUGGCAAAGGGGAGCUGGACGGAGCUUGUACCGAUGAGCGUUUUCCGUCUGAUGCCACAGUAGAGUUUGUCUUCUCCUCUGGACCUGAGAGGAUGAAAGGCCGUGAGUAUCAGAAGAACGACCCGGCCGUCACAGUCGACUACAACACCGCCGACCCAUUGGUUCGCUGGGAUUCCUAUGAGAACUUUAACCAGCGAUACCAGGACAGUCUGGAGGAUAUUGCCCACACCAGAGGCCCUGUAGAUGGCAGCCUCUAUGCUCAGAUAAAGAAGCGCCGAGGGGGCGGCUCGGGUUCCCUCACCUCGACUAAUGGCAGCAGCCCAGGGGGCCUCCUUCCUGACGAUAGAACGGAUCGUCUCGCCUGUCAAGGUUCUGACUCCGUUCACUUGAACCAAUCGUCUGUCCAUCCUGACCGCCAGGACGAGCCCACUCGUCCGCCGCCUCCAACCAGACAGGAACAAGAAGACCUCGAACGGCUCCUGGGAGGCAUUGAGGGAAACCGCGAUGGAGAGCGGGAGACCGCCAUCUUGGAUGAUGGGGACUCUUUGCCCUCGGAGCGGACCGGAACGCUGAGGCUCAGUCGGUCAUGUUCCUGCCGGGAUGGUUACCGGUCCCAGCGCUGUGCCGAGCCUGGCUGUGACCGCACCCUGCUCAUGCCGAACGGCUACUGCCUUGAUCGGGCUCCGGGCACCAACGGCCACCACGGCGCGACCCCUUCUGCCAGCCCGAACCCAGCUGCUCCUCUGUCACACAUGGAUCUGUGCCAGCACUACAGUCCCCACUCCCACCUGUCCCUGCCCCCUCCAGAUUUGGUGUGGGACCGCCAGAGUGGCCCGCCGCAUUACUUGCACCGCUCCUUCUCGGAGGCUCCCUCAUCUCGCCAUAUCUGCCCAUACCCGUCACCAGACCUUACCCCUCACUCUCACAACCCCCCACAUCACCACCCUCUUUCUGCCCCGGGCCACCUCUGCUGUCGAGAGGACGACUACAGCCCCUACCAUCACCCUCCUCCACCUCACAGCCACCACCACGCCCACGCGCACCACCCCAAAUCCUCCACCAGCCCUACCUACCACGAUAUAAUGCUAUUGGAUGGUCUGCCGCCCCCUGGCUGCCAUUGCAGAGACUGCACUAUCAGGAGAGAUGACUAUCACAGCCUGAGGCUGGACCGAGGUGACAGCUUCCACUGGGACAGAGAGCCGGAGCUUCAGCAGAGGGAGGUGGGGCUGAGGAGAGCCAGGGAGGCAGAGAUGCCCCGAGGGUCUGAGCAACACUGGGAGAGGGAUCCCGGGCCCAGGCGAGGCAGAGAGCUGUCCCUCCACUGGGAGCGAGACAGGGAGGCGGAGCUGCAGUGGGAGCGGGACCGAGAGGCCGAAUAUUGGCACAGGAGAGCCACCGUAGCCGCCUAUGGCCCACAGGGUCAAGAUCUGCCUGCGUUCACAUUCGACCCGUUGCCAUCGGGCCACCCGGCCUAUCCAGAGGCGUCGAGAUCUCACGCUCACUCUCACCUGGAUCUGAAGUACAGCAGCAGCAGCAGUGGUUACCAAACCCCCCGGCAGGUGUGCCCCUACUCGCCGUACCAGCCCUCGCCGUCCGAAAGCAGGGGCUACGCCUCGGGUUACCAGUCCGAGUCCACGUCCCCGCUGCCUCCUUCCUCCUCCAUGACGGGGCCCUGCGGCCAUAGCAACGGGCCGGCAGAGCAUAACCACAAUCACCACCACCAUCACCACCCAGACUCACAGCAGUCAUACAGCUCUGACUCACACACUGACGGCCUUCGGAGUUCCGGUGAAAGUGUGGGCUGGAGGGACCACAUCACACACGGGUCCUUCAAGAGGGUCCACAGAGACGCCCACGCCGCCUGCUCCACGCCGUCCGACAUGUCCGGACCGCCCACUCCCGUCCACAGCAGCAGCCCUCUACGCACGGAGGAGAGCCCCAGUCCCGGAGGGAGGGAGUACGAGAUCCGGACCACAGACAUCAUCAGUGACUACGAGGCCUCGCAGCCCCAGGACGGACACUGUCGAGCUGAUAGUAUCGUUCAGGCAUCCCCGGUAAACCACAACAGUAGCACGGAGCCGUCGUCCGCCAAAGACACGUCGCAGUCACACGCGCCUGCACAAGCAGAACCCCGCAACCACUGCGCAGCACCAACAGACCCGUCCCCUGCCACCCCCCACCCGCUGCACUGUGGCCCAGAUGUGCCCUCAGUGGGUACGCCAUCGACAUCCAACCAGGGACACUGCCAGGCUCCUUCAUCCCCUGUUCGUGCUCCGCCCGGCCCAGAGACACACCCCCAGCCUGGCGCUCUCACACUCCGGACCCCCCACCCUUCAGAGGCCGCUGCUCUGCCUUCCGCCGUGGCACAGCCGGUGUCCCAGCCCCGGCCCCAGAGCCAAAGCCAAGCCACUGGCUCUGCAGGGCCGACCCCGACAGCCGUGAACGGAUCUUCCCCGACCAUGGAAGCUCACCCGGAAGCCGCGAAACCCACCAACACCCAAACCCCUGCGUCCCCCACCUCAGCUUCAUCGUCGUCAUCAUCCCCCAAGCCCGCAUCCAGCAGCAUGGAAGGUUCCCCCGUCUCUGAUGCCCCGGUUCCCGGCUUCGCCACCCUGGGUAGGCGGUUGAUGUUGAGUGGCUCUGACCCCCAACAUCCGCACCACACCCAGCAGCACGGACCCCCGCAUCACCACUACCCGGCCAUGGAGCACAGUGCUGCUCUGGACACGAACAAGAGGCACUGCUACUCGGCUCACUCUCAGCAGCCUCACCCGUCCUCCUACUCCAACUACUCCACCAUCUCCAUCCCCCUUCCUCACCCUCAACCUCCUUUGCCAGAGAAACGCCACCCGCCCGCCCCCUUGGGUUCGCCCGCCGACGGGGUCGGGACUCUGAGGCCGGCCGUGGGCCAUGCGCCUUCCGCCGCCACCCAGCAUCAGCACCACGUCACCUUCUCCCCUACCGUGGGGGAAAUCGCGCCCCCCGCGGCCCACGACGAUGCCCCGACCUCUGUGGAGCCCGAGACCGCGAGCAGGGUCAGCGUGAAGUUUGUCCAGGACAGCUCGAGGUUCUGGUACAAGCCUGGUAUCACCAGAGAGCAAGCAAUCGCAGCUCUGAAGGAGAGAGAGCCAGGAACCUUCCUGAUCAGGGAUAGCAACUCUUUCCAGGGAGCUUACGGUUUGGCCCUGAAGGUGGCCACGCCUCCGGCCAAUGUCAACAGCCACAGCAGCAAAGCGGGCGACCCUCUGGAGCAGCUGGUCCGACACUUCCUCAUAGAAACGGGCCCUCGAGGAGUCAAGAUUAAAGGGUGUCAGAACGAGCCCUACUUUGGGAGUCUGUCUGCACUGGUCUACCAACACUCUAUCACACCCAUUUCGUUGCCGUGCGCUCUGAAGAUUUCAGAAAAAGAUCUGAUAGGAGAGGUGCAGGAGGUGCAGCCGGUGAGCAACGUCAGCACGGCCGCUGACCUGCUGAAGCAAGGAGCGGCCUGUAACGUCCUCUACCUGAACUCCGUGGAGACCGAGUCCCUGACCGGCCCCCAGGCCAUCGCAAAGGCCACGGACGCCACCCUGGGCCGCAACCCGCGUCCCGCCGCCACCGUUGUGCAGUUCAAGGUGACGUCGCAGGGCAUCACACUCACCGACAGCCAGCGCCGGGUCUUCUUCAGGAGACACUACCCAGUGAGCAGCGUGACCUUCAGCAGCGUCGACCCCAACAACAGGAGGUGGAUUAACUCCAACCACACCACUGUUAAGGUGUUUGGUUUCGUAGCGAAGAAGCCCGGCAGCCAGGCGGAGAACGUCUGCCACGUGUUCGCGGAGCUGGACCCCGAGCAGCCCGCCUCCGCCAUCGUCAACUUCAUCAACAAGGUCCUGCUGUCGCAGCGGCGGUAGACGGAGAAAAGGAAAAGGAGACUUUCGAGCGCGCGGCAUCUUCUAAGUAUUAACGGGGAGUUGAGCAGUUCGAAGAUCCGCGCGUUCUCGGCGUCUACGGCCGUCGGCUGAUGAUGUGACAGAAGAUGUUCUUGUUGUCAUGUAAAUACGUUAGUAAGGUGAUUGGAAGUCAUAGUCCAUGAUGCCUACUGAUGGUUAUAUCAUUUGUUCAUUUGACACUCAGUCUGCAUCUAAAACACACACACACACACACUAACACACGAGUUUUUCCAAAAAAUACACUUUUCUAAUAUAGUAAAGAAUGCAAAAAAUCCCAUAAUGAAAUUCAAACAAAGCCAUGGUGCACAGUGUUACAGCUCCUCCAAGGACGAGGAGGCUUCAGAGGACCACUUCAAAAAUGAAUAAACACCUACAUCUUACAGGGAGCUGUGUCGUGACGACAGACGUGCGGAGCAGGACUCAUGACUCCUCGGAUCUCCAGAUCGAAACCCUCAUAUCUCGGCUGUAAAGUAACCCAGCCGUCAUCAUCUGUACAUGGUUCACCAUGAGACCACACUAACACAAGAGGGAUUGUAGCUGCAUAUUGACUGCGCUCAGUUAAUUGGCUCAGUGAAUUGUGAACUCUAAUUGUAACAUUUGUGAUGUCAUCUGUGAGCUUUAACUCAUUCGCAGUCUUUGUUGUUGUCUUCGUUGUGCGAUUUGAAGGUGACAUGUUAUGAAAAAAAAUCAGUUUUCCAGUG